AUGUUAUGUGAUGUGGGACAAGCGACAUCAUUUGCGUGGUUUGUCACGAGAUUCCGACCGUGGCAGUUAAACCCGAAGCACAAGAAGUGGAUUGAUAAAAAACAUUCUAGAAAAUUUCGUUUGGUCCAUCAAAAUCGAAGUGAUGAUAACAAUGAUAAUGGACACGUGCAGCAGUCGACUAGAAAAAAAGAUAUGAAAGAAUAUGACAGAUGUGGCAUAUAUUUCGAUGAUGACUACGACUAUUUACAGCAUUUAAAGGAGGUAAAUAAGGUAACAGAAAAUGGAAUGGAACAGUCAAUUAUUAGAGUACCGUCGGGAAAAACAAAUAUUUUAACAAAUAUAUUCGAAGCAAAUGGCUAUGAAAUCAAUGCUGAAUUGCUGAAGAAGGGGACGUUACCGGGCGAAAUGCACAUCGAUCCAUAUGUUAUUGCCGAACUAAAAAGUGAUGAUGAUGUCGAAUUUGAAAAUCCAACUAAUGACCUAGAUGAUGAUUUUGUCUUGCAAGCUAGUGGUGGUGAAUUACCUCCGUUACAAUUACCGAUAUCAUUUUCGUUGCGGAAGAACGAAUUUCGUGAGAAACCCAUUAAUAAUGAUGACGAUAGCUAUGAAGAAAUGGAACUCGUUUCGAACUAUGAUGAUGAUCAAAUGUCGGAGGAGGAUUUUUUCGUUCCUAUGAAAAAUAAAGAAGAGAUGCGACCGAUUGAUGAGAAAUUCGAUAAAUUGUGUGAAGAAUACAGUGAAACAGAUGGUGAGGAAAAUGAGGAUGAAGAGAAGUUUCUUUUGGAUCCAAACUCUGAUAGAAUGAAAAUGCUUGCGGAAGAUUUCAAAAAUAGAAAAGUGGAACUUGUUCUGCAAAGGGAUGUAUUGGCUCAGCGUUAUGCCGAAAUGAAUGAUGAAGGGCUGGAGGUUGAUGAAGAGAUGGAAAAGAUCACGAUAGUUUGUCCUAAAAGAAAAGAAGCCAAGUGGGACUGCGAGACGGUUGUCUCAGCUUAUUCCAACAUUUAUAAUCGACCUGCUCUCAUCAAUGAUUUUACAUGUAAACAAAAAUUGAAAUCGGUUCUAAAGCAGCUAGAAAAAAUGGACUAUUCAGUUCAGUCAGGAAAUAAGUCAGCGAUUUCAAUAGUAUCCUCAUCAACGAUAAGAAAACGUGGGGAAACAGCGGAAGAACGAAAAACAAGGAAAGCAGCUGUCAAAAUGAUUCGAGCCGAGCGAAGAGCAGAAAAGAAAUGUAAUAAAUUAACAUUCAAGGAAGAGCGAAAGAAAGCGGCCGCAUGGUGCCGUGGUUCUGCUGUUAAAAUGAUGCCUAUUGUGUGA